GUGGCAAGCAUGCGAGCAGGUGGGGCCAGGCAAGCAGGAGAGCAGGCGGGGCACCGGAGAGGGCACGGGGCGCGAGCUGCGAGCGGGCAGCCAUCGGAUUUUGUUGGGAUUUCUAGCCUAAUCCUCUGUUCUGUGUUAUUUUUUCAGGUUGCUUCUCUUGUUUUGGUUGCUGUUGAGGCCAAUUGAAGGUACACGAUCUCUACUAAUGGAUGUGUUUUCAUUGUAUGGCAUGGUGUUUGUGUGACUGUGUUAGAAUUGUUUUCUUACAAAUGAUGCAUGUGAAUUGUAGUUAUACCAUGUCAGAUCAUGAUUUGGUUUCUUAUAUAAUCGAAGAAAAUAAAAGAAGAAAGAAGAGAAGGAUUGUGUUGACAGAAUUAUAUUUUGAGUCAGUUCUUCUUGGGUUUGCAUAUCUUAGCGAGCAGAGGAGACCAAGGGAGUUAGGAUGCUUUAGUGACGAUGAGAUCAGGCACAAUAUUAGGAAGUAUUUGCUCAAAGAAAUGUAUGAUGGAUCUGAAGUUACAUGCUAUGAUAACUUGCGAUUGACUAAAAGAAACUUUCAUGGCCUGUGCAUCAUGUUGCGUGAGAAAUGUGGCCUUCAUGACAGUGUAUAUGUUAGUGUGGAAGAAAAGGUUGCUAUGUUCUUGCUAGUAGUUGGACAUGGUUUAAAAAUGAGGUUGCUGCGUGGCACUUACAAGCGGUCUUUAGAGACUAUUAGUAGGCACUUUAAUGAUGUGUUGACAGCCAUUCUAUCUAUAAGUACAGAAUUUGUUAAGUUUCCUGAUCCUUCUGUUCAACCACCUGAUGAUUAUAAAUGGAAAUGGUUUGGCAAUGCACUUGGAGCACUAGAUGGGUGUCAUGUUGAUGUAUGUGUAGCUGUGGCUGACCAAGGCAGAUACAGGAACAGAAAGCAACAAAUCAGCACUAACAUGCUAGGUGUGGUUGAUUGGAACAUGAAAUUUCUGUAUGUAUUACCUGGCUGGGAGGGUUCAGCCUCUGACUCCAGAGUUCUACGCGACGCAAUGAGCCGCCAAGAUGCAUUUGUUGUACCUCAGGGAAAAUAUUAUUUAGUGGAUGCUGGUUACACAAAUGGACCUGGAUUUCUAGCUCCAUUCAGAUCCACUCGGUACCACUUGAAAGAAUGGGUUUCCAGUCAACAACAACCCAAAACUCCCAAAGAGUUGUAUAACUUGUGUCAUUCUCGUGCUAGAAAUGUUGUAGAGAGAACUUUUGGUUUGUGGAAGAAAAAAUGGGCUGUCCUACGUACACAAAGUUUCUUUAGAAUACAUGAUCAGAUUCGAAUUAUUAAUGCUUGUUGUGUGUUACACAACUUUGCAAGGGAUAGACAACAUCAGAUGGAUGAUCUAUUAUUGCAAGAAGUCGACGCUGAACUAGCAGCUAUGCCAAUUGAGCCAGUAGAUGAUGCUAACUCAAUUACAAGUGUUGAAGUCAGUCCUGAAUUGAAUGCCUUUAGGGAGGAGCUAGCUAAUGAUAUGUUUGCUGAGUACCUUUUGAGGCAUGGUGAACUUGCCUUGGAAUAGGUUGAUGUGUGAUAGCAUAGCUGCCUUUUCUUUGCUGUGUGGGACAGCUAGUUGGUGGUGCCUUUUGUUAGCUUUUGUACAUGCAUCAUCUUGGAAAAGAAAUCAAUAUUAUAUGAUAUUAUCUUAACUAACUUCUGUAAAUUAUUUGUGGUAUUUUUUUGGAUAGCAUCAUGUCUGCACCAAAGGGAAAGAGAGUUUACCUAACCUGGACAGAUGAGAUGGACAGUGCAUUGUUGGCUGUCCUUGUGGAGCAUCACAACAAUGGUGAUCAUGCCCAAAAUGGAUGGAAGCCACAUGUCUACAAUGCUGCUAUAAAAAAUGUGCGUGACAAGUGUAAUGUGGAGAUCACAAAGGAUAACAUAACAUCAAGGUGCAAAACUUUUGACAAGCACUAUGAGAUCAUUAGCAAGAUCCUUUCUCAGAGUGGAUUUGGUUGGGAUUGGGACAAUAAUAAGCUGUCAAUGGAUAGUGAUGACGUUUGGAAUAGAUAUGUGGAGGGCAACAAGGCAGCAAUUUGUUACAAGACCAAAGUAGUGAAGAAUUGGGAUGCAAUCUGCACCAUUUACUCAACUGAUCAUGCCAAUGGUCAAGGUGCCAGGACAGGUGCUGAGGAUGCUCAAGAUUCACCUGAACAAGAUGGUGAUGCAUCCCCAGAUU